AUUAUCGAUGUUUGAAAAACAUCGAUACUUCGUUUGCAUAUAUAUUUGUUGGACGGUCUCUUUCUUUUACUUCCUUUUCUUAUCAAGCGAGCAGCAAAAUGUCGAAAAGAGGACGUGGUGGUACCGCGGGAGGAAAGUUCCGCAUUUCCCUCGGUUUGCCAGUGGGCGCUGUGAUGAAUUGCGCCGAUAAUACAGGUGCUAAGAAUCUGUACGUUAUUGCUGUGCAUGGUAUACGUGGUCGAUUGAAUCGUCUGCCCGCUGCUGGAGUUGGUGACAUGUUCGUCGCUACCGUGAAAAAGGGCAAACCUGAGCUGAGAAAAAAGGUACGUGUGUAUUAUGCUCACAGAAAUUUAAUUUGCAUGCCUAUUUGCUCAUUUUAUGUUGGAAAUAUUUUGCCUUAUCCUGAGUUUCGCCUGAAAAAAAUUCACCCGAAAAUUUGUCAUCUGUCCAUAGUAAAACCAUGGAAACCAAAAGUAAAAAGUGAACCGGUUGGGGAAAAAUUAAACUCCUGAUAAGGCUGAUUGAGU